AUGUCGUCGUCACAGCCCUUCCACCUGUCGUCCCCCAUUACAGGCCCCAGCAGGAAGAAGUCGCGCUUCACAUACCGACACCUGCAGCUGCUAAGCCAGUCGUCGACGAGCUGUCCGCUGCGGGUGAUCGCGCUGAUCGACUACGACGCAUUCUACGCGCAAUGCGAGAUGGUGCGGCUCGGGGUCGCCGAGACGCAGCCUCUCGCGGUGCAGCAGUGGCAGGGCCUGAUCGCCAUCAACUACCCGGCCCGGGCAUUCGGGCUCAGCCGCCACGUGACAGUGACCGACGCCAAGACCAAAUGUCCCGAGCUGGUGGUACAGCAUGUCGCGACGUGGCGCGAGGGCGACGACCGAUGGGCCUACCGCGACGAUGCGGCCCGCCAUAUUCAGACCGACAAAGUGUCGCUGGACCCGUACCGGCUCGAGUCGCGCAAGACGCUGGCGCUGCUGAAGGAGAUCCUGCCCGCACCGCCGGUGCAGAAGGUCGAAAGGGCCAGUAUUGACGAAGUGUUUCUCGAUCUGUCCGCGCAGAUUCAUGGCGUUUUGUUGCAGAGAUACCCGGAGCUGCGGUAUGCCCCGUACGAUGAUCCUACUGAAAGGCUGCCGCUGCCGCCGUCGACCGCGCUGGAUUGGCACGCUGACGCGCUCGUCGAUCUCGAUUCCGCAGAGACGGAGGACGAUGACCCCGAUUGGGAUGAUGUGGUGAUGAACAUCGGUGCGGAGAUCGUCAGGGGCGUGCGUCAAUCUCUCUAUGAGAAACUGAAAUAUACUUGCUCAGCGGGGAUUGCGCGCAACAAGAUGAUGGCCAAGCUGGGCGCUGGGUACAGGAAGCCGAAUCAGCAGACCAUUGUGCGCAAUCGCGCGGUGCAGCAUUUCCUGUCCGGGUUCAAGUUCACCAAGAUUCGCAAUCUGGGCGGGAAAUUGGGUGAUCAUGUCGUCGAGACGUUCGGCACGGAGGAGAUCACGGACCUGCUCGCCACUCCUGUCGAACAGCUGAAGGCGAAGCUGGGUGACGAUACGGGCACGUGGCUCUACGGCAUCAUUCGUGGCGAGGAUAAUAGUGAGGUCAGUUCACGAACGCAGAUCAAGUCGAUGUUAUCGGCCAAAUCGUUCCGGCCGAGCAUCAACACCACAGAACAGGCGAAUAAAUGGUUACGUAUCUUCGUGGCCGAUAUCUAUUCCCGACUCGUUGAGGAGGGUGUGACCGAGAACAAGAGAAGACCCAAAACUAUCACCCUACACCACCGACAAGGCGCGCAGACCCGAUCUAAGCAAUUGCCCAUUCCUCAAGGCAGGAAGAUUGACGAGACGAUUCUGUUCGAGCUCGCAAAGACUCUGCUGGGCCAGAUCAUCGUGGAUGGCAGAGCAUGGCCGUGCGCGAAUCUUUCCCUGAGCGUGGGUGGCUUCGAAGACGGCGUGUCUGGAAAUAAAGGUAUUGACAUGUUUCUUCUCAAGGGUGACGAAGCCAGAGCUGCCAUGGAGCCGCCACCUCGAAGCAACACCGCCACGCCAAACCCUGAGGACACGCGACCGGAGAAACGCCGCAAGCUGGUCGAAGCAACCAGCAUUGCCCGAUUCUUCUCCCGUGGCGACAGCGGAGAGGAGCCAGAGGAGGAACCAAUAGACGAUUUUGCCGACGAACCAAGUGCCCAGGAUGAGGUCGAUACCCACGAGGACCAAACCCACAAGUCUCCGGAUUUGCAGCAGCAAGACAUCGCUGCAUAUUUCUGCCAGAGUUGUCAAAAGUCCAUUGCCGAAACCGACAGAGCUGAACAUGAGGAUUGGCACUUUGCCAGAGAACUUCAAGCUCAAGAGUCCCCUGCUGUCAAGAGCCCGGCAAACAGUCGUCCACCUGGCCAGAUAUCCACCAAACCCAAACGUGGUGGGAUUGGUACACGAGGGCGAGGCUCAAAGCCCGAAAAGGGCCAGAGCCGCCUCGCCUUUGGUUGA